GUUUAACCCCUAUAAGUACAUAGUCGGUGCUACGUGGGUGCGUCAGGAGCUAUCCGACUCCUUCCUCGUUGUCCAACAUCGGCCUGAUUCCCGUCCAGAGAUUACGGCCAUGGAUAACUUUCUUGCCCCACACAGCACAGAAGCAAUGGCACACUCCAAGCUCAGCGAGGACUGGUUAGACUGGGACAUCAGUCGUCCUUCAUUUGACGAGUCUCUUGUCGCCCAUUGUGCUUCUUAUCACGCGUUCGACCGUUAUUUAUCUGGAGAGGAUCUCUUCAUCCCCCCUCGUUUUCCGAGCGAGCUCGAACGAGUCCUACGUCGACACGCAUACGACUCUAUCCAUAAUUCAAUCUCAAGAUCUCGUCAAACACUAAAAGCCGGGGGAUACAGCAGGACUUGUCAUUUUGCAGAGCAGUCUAUCCGCAGUGUUCUUAACACAGAAGACAAUGCGAGGAUAUUGCUCGCCUGGCACAGGCCCAACACUGCUCCCUCCCCCAUGACUGUGGAUAUGACCCAUACUACUUCGGGAAUAAAAGUUUAACUCGUCUCACCCACGUAGACGUUUGGGUAUGGGCAUUCAUUCAUUCUUUGUCGCCAUCAUUGCGGUGUAAAUAUGCACCAUGUAGUAUCAUCACAGCAACAUUCUUUGGAACGCAAAAUUACUGUAGACAUUAGGCUUUUACCUUUGUAUUUUGAUAGAUAGGUGGAUGAUUAGUACUCUACGGAAUCGUCAACAUAUUAAUUGCAAGCACCCGACAUGCAGUGUGAUUUCUGAUUGAUGAUGUGGGUCACGGUCCAUGGUAGGUAGUGCUCUCACACUUAAGUGUACUAGUAGGUCAUGGAACUCGAG